ACCGCCGCCACCGUCUGACCUCCAUGUCUACGGAGAGCUCCCCUCUGCUCAGCUACCGCCUCUUCCGCGUCUGGGGUGAAGGGGAGAUGCCGGGGGCCACUCAGGAAGAGGCCCCCCUGGUGGUGGGGGUCAUGGGUGGCUCCGGGGGCCCCCACCCUGACCCAGCCAGGCAGCUCUCCACCUUCUUUGGGGUCAUUGUGCCCACCGUCCUCUCCAUGUUCAGCAUCGUGGUCUUCAUGCGUGUCGGGUUCGUGGUGGGUCACGCUGGCUUCCUGCAGUCCCUCCUGAUGCUGGUGGUGGCCUAUCUCAUCAUCUCGCUGACCGUCCUCUCCGUCUGCGCCAUCUCCACCAACGGGGCCGUCCAAGCUGGAGGUGCCUACUUCAUGAUCAGCCGGACGCUGGGCCCCGAGUUCGGAGGGAGCAUCGGCCUGAUGUUCUACCUGGCCAACGUUUGCGCCUGUGGGGUUUACGUCCUGGGGCUGGUCGAAGCCAUUCUGGAUGACUUUGGAGCAGAUGGGUCAGUGCCGCCAGGCUCGAAGGCCCUGCCCCAGGGCUACCUGUACAGCUUCCUGUAUGGCUCAGUGGUGCUCUUCCUCUGCCUGCUGGUCUGCCUGGUGGGUUCCCACAUCUACUCCCGGGCUGCCUUCUUCAUCUUCCUGGUGGUCAACCUGGUCCUGGUCACCAUCUUUGCCAGCUUCUUCGCCGUCUCCCCCAGGGAGAUCUCCAUUUCCCGUGAUGGCAACCACAGCUUCAAUGCCUCCUUCACCGGAUUCAACAUCUCCACUCUCCGGGACAACCUCUACGCCAUGUACGCUCGCGAUUACACCACAAACAACAUGAUGUCCUUCGCCACCGUCUUUGCCGUCAUGUUCAACGGAUGCACAGGGAUCAUGGCAGGCUCCAACAUGUCAGGGGAACUGAAGAACGCCAGCAGCUCCAUCCCGAAGGGCACGAUCGUGGCCGUGGUCUACACCUUCGUCAUCUAUUUCUUCCUCUUCUUCAUGACCAGCUUCACCUGUGAGAGGGCUCUGCUGCAGGGCGACUAUGGCUUCUUCCGCUCCAUCAACGUCUGGCCGCCUUUCGUCCUGGUGGGCAUCUACUCGGCUUCCCUCUCGGCCUCCAUGAGCAACCUCAUCGGCGCCUCCCGCAUCCUCCACGCUUUGGCCAAGGACGACCUCUUCGGGAUCGUCCUGGCACCAGCCAAGAUCGUCUCCAAAGGAGGGAACCCCUGGGUGGCCGUCCUCUACACCUGGGGCCUGGUGCAGCUGGUGCUCUUGGUGGGGAAGCUCAACACCAUUGCUGGCAUUGUGACCGUCUUCUACCUCGUGGCUUAUGCUGCUGUGGACCUGGCCUGCCUGGCGCUGGAGUGGGCCUCUGCUCCCAACUUCCGGCCCACCUUCCAGCUCUUCUCGUGGCACACCUGCUUCCUGGGCAUCGUCUCCUGCCUGGUGAUGAUGUUCCUGAUCAGUCCGGCCGGGGCUUCGGGCAGCCUGGGCCUCAUGGUCCUGUUGCUGGGCUUCAUCCACCUCCGCUCGGCCGCCUCCUCCUGGGGCUACAUCAGCCAGGCCCUCAUCUUCCACCAGGUGCGGAAGUACUUGCUCCUCCUGGACAUCCGGAAGGACCACGUCAAGUUCUGGCGGCCGCAGAUCCUUCUUAUGGUGGCCAACCCUCGUGGCGGCUCCCAGCUCAUGAAGUUCAUCAACCACCUCAAGAAGGGAGGCCUCUUUGUCCUGGGACACGUGGAGAUCGGGGACCUUGAUACCAUGCCGUCUGACCCCAUCCAGGCCCAUUAUAACUUCUGGCUGAGCUUGGUGGACAAGCUGAACAUCAAAGCCUUUGUGGACCUGACGCUCUCCCCUUCGGUCCGGCAAGGGACGCAGCACCUCCUGCGGAUCACCGGAUUGGGUGGCAUGAAACCCAACACGCUGGUCCUGGGCUUCUACGACGACUGUGUCCCGGAAGACUACUUCCUCCAAGACCCGGCCUUCAUCCAGGCGCGGGAGAACGAUGAGUUUGGGGUGGACCUGGCGGCCUUGCAAGCUCACUUCCCUCCCGUGCGCCCGGCAGAGAGCCCUCGGGCGUUGAGCCCGGCUGAGUACGUGGCCAUAAUCUCAGAUGCGGUGAAGAUGCACAAGAACGUGUGCCUGGCGCGCUACUUCCACCUCCUGGAGAAGGACCAGCCUUCCUCGCCCUCCUCCUCCUCCACUUCCUCCACCUCUUCCUCCUCCUCCUCCAGCUCCUCCAAGCGGCGUUUUGAGGGACGCUACAUCGACGUGUGGCCCCUGAACCUGCUGCGGCCCCACACCCCGACCUACGUGGACAUCUGCAGCCUCUUCCUGCUCCAGAUGGCCUGCAUCCUGACCAUGGUCAGCUCCUGGAAGGCCGCCCGGCUGCGCAUCUUCCUCUGCGUGGAGUCCGGCGACGUGGGCUGGGUGGGCAAGGAGGAGAAGCUGCGGGAGCUGCUGACCAAGCUGCGCAUUAAGGCCACCAUCAAGAUCGUCACCUGGGACCAAGUGGUGGCCCUCAACGGACUCCAGCAACAGCAUCCCUCUGAGAUGGAGGCCUCAUCCCCCCCGCACGACGGGGAGACCUUCCUCAACGCAGCCACCACUUUCCGCGUGACGGACGAGUACUUGGCGUCCGUCAACAACCUGGUGAGGAAGCAAGGAGGGCAGACCGCCGUACGCUUCCUGUACCUGCCACGGCCUCCCGCCGACACCGCGCAGUACGAGCGCUACCUGGAGCAGCUGCGUAUCCUGACCACAGACCUGGGGCCCACCUUGCUCAUCCACGGCCUCACCCCUGUCACCUGCACCGAGCUCUGAGGGACAGGAACUACAACUCCCAGGUUUCCCUUUUGUGGAUUGUGGGAGUCGGAGUCUUCCCUCCCUCUCUCCAGGAUUUUUCCAAAGAAGGAUUCACCUUCUGGGGUGAAACGUCUAUGUGAUCAAAGGAAACAUUGUGGUGCGUUUGGAAAAAGGAGGAGAGGGAAAGAAAGGGUGCCUUGUCUUUGGAGCAAACUUCACACAGAACCCAUUUGGGGGGAUGUUUUGCUUCCGUGGCUUUGAAGAGCCGUGGCUUUUGGCUGUUACAAAGUGCUUCACAAAUCUUGGUUUGGUCUGGAAAUUUCAGUUGGACAAAGAAGAGCUUUCCGUGCUUUGAGAGGAGUCUCUUUUGUCCCUCGGUUUGGGACGAUAUAUGCCUUCCAUGGCCUCACGUCGUAGCAGAAACUAUUGACCUUUGGAUACGGUUGCAGGACAACACCGUCUUCUCACAUUUGGGGGGACCUUCAGUACCUUCCAGUCUUCCUUUGCAGGAAUUCUCUUCCAAUCUGCUUUGUUUUUUCAUGUUCCUUCGCUUAUCAGUUCCGGGUAGCAUGGCUCGGUCUUCCAUUCGGCAUCUCUAGGGGAGGAAAGAGGGCUGUCUCAUCUCAGUUGUGGACCCAUUUCUGAGACUCUUGGCUUGGUUCCUCUUAAAUCUAGAUCAGGCAUGGGCAAACUUCAGUCUUCCAGGUAUUUUAGACUCUCAACUCCCACAAUUCCUUUUUUUCCUGGGUGUUUAGUGACAGUCAACACAGACUCCAGCAAAGGGCUUUUUCUUCUUCCUCAGGCUUUGGCUUCAGAAGGAGUCCCAAAACCCUUUCACCGGCAGGAAGCGCAUGAUUGGCCCUGUGUCGCCAAAGCCUCUCUUUGAAGGCAGAUUGUGUCCCAAGUCUAGAUCUCUAGGUCUAGGUCUCUUAAGUCUAGAACUCGGUCAGAUGCCUUUGCCUUUGCCUUUGCCUUCCCAUGCUAUUGAAAACGUCUCCAGCAAAGGACUUCUUCUUCUUCCUCAGGCUUUGGCUUCAGAAGGAGUCUCAAAACCCUUUCGCCGGCAGGAAGCACAUGAUGGGCCAUGUUUUGCCAAAGCCUCUCUGUGAAGGCAGAUUGAGUUCCGAGUCUAGAUCACUAAGUCUAGAACCCGGUCAGAUGCCUUCCCACGCUACUGUAAACGUUUUCUUCCAGGAAGAAAAUCUGGCCUUCGUCUCCAAAGCCAGACAUUUAAAGCGACGUCUCCUACGGACCACUAAAAUCAAAAUGUUUGUGUGCUCCCUGUUUCUGGUACCAACUGAAACUGGGAAACUUUAUACACACAUACAUACGCACACGUUGUUGGUGUUAUUGUUGUGAGACUGGAGAAAAUGUCAUCUUCGAUUCGGCUCA